ACUGAAGCGCAUAUGGCAACGUCGCUUUCUUCUCAGAACAAAAAUAAAGUUUAGUUUUUCUCUGGAUUUCGUCGCGGGUAAUUGUGUUUUUAAAGUAUCAGAUUUUCAUGGGAAGAAAUGAGCAAGGUUGUAAGUCACAAUCUGAAACGAUCAUUAAAGGGGCAACACAAGCCACUGAAAGUUUCUAUAUCUUUUAACAAGAAAAAUAACCAAGAAUCCCCUGAAAAGGAUGAUCAUGUUUCAGAAGAAAUGAUCAAGGUUCCUGUGGGUAACAAGUUUGUUCCGCCUAAGCACUCCUCAACUCCUAAGCCAAAAUGGAAUUCUGACACCAAACAAGUUUCAUUAUCUGACACACUUUGCCUUCAAUCUAAAUUCCAAAUGAAGGAGUGUUUUGUUCUGGUGGAGAGAUUAAAUGACAAUGAACUACCACGUAAAGUUUCCACUGUGAAAGCAACAGUCAGUUCCAUUCCAAGGAAGCAAAAGCAUCAAUUGAAGAAAAUUACCAACAUCAAGCGACCUGGGUUAGUUUCUGUAUCUCCUCAGAAUUUGUCAGUUGGAAAUGGUAGGAAAGAAAAACACUCAAAAAAUGGUGAAUCAUUUGUAACAACUAUCCCCUCUGAGGCAUUGAAGAGUUUUGGACUGUUUGAUGUACCAGAACCUCUUUCAAAUCAGUCUAGAGGGUCUUCACUCCAUUCAAACACAUCUGUAGUGAUCGAAACUCCACCAAAAACCUCUGCAGCUUGUAGUUCAGUUGAUGAUCAUUCUUCAUCACACACUGAAUCUUGCAACAGUAUCAAUGAGGAUGAUGCAGAGUUACCCACAGCUGCUUCAAGAUUGGUAGAAGCAUCUGCUCCAAUUAUUUUUCAAAGUAACAAUGUUGAAGAUGCUGCUCCACUCAAUACUUCAAGUGUUAGCCAACCUGAUCCUUUGGAAAUGGGUCCCCAAGAUACAAGUCUAAAAACAAGGAGUCCACCUGUGAAUGUUCAUUGUGAUUAUCUCUAUGGAUUGAAUGAACGGAUGAAUUGCAAGCCUGAUAUAAUUAAUCUUCACGAACUGGAUUUCAGCAACCCUGAUGUUCGACUUGUCGCUCCAUAUGCUCUGAGACUCGAUACCAGUCGGGACGGAUUCUUUCUUUAUGCUGCGGCAGUUAGUAAGAAAUGUGAAAAGUUCUGCUGUUUGAUAUUCGGUGUUCUGGAUCACUAUUUGAUUGCAUACAGUGGUCAUUUUUUGGUUGACAAAGAUCAGUUAUAUGAUCCCAUCAACAAAGCCCCUGUAAAUGAAGUGAAGUUGUCAGACUUUAAUUUGUGUCGCCAGCAUUUGGUUCUUUUUAAUGUACCUAAUAAGAUGCUUCUUGAAAUGGAAGACUAUUUUCUACAAGCUGGCCAUCCAUCCUAUUGUGAGACACAGUUUGCAUCAUUCGAGAUGCUCAUGUUUUCAAUAAACCAGGUUCAGUUGAAAGAGAAAGUUCGAGGGGACAUUGCGCUGGAAAAAAUAAAAGCUCAACUCAAGACAUUUCCUCAAUUUAAAAACGUUGAGUUUGGUGAAUCGAGUGUCCAAGCCAUUAUUCCUGGAAGCCAUCGGGUAAUUUCUGCCAUCUCUAAACCCAGAACGGAACACAUAUUUUUUGAAACUUGUCUGCCUAUAAAUAAAGACAGCAUCGAACGUAUUCUGCAAAAUGUGAAGCCAGCCAGUUGCGUGAAAAGCCAUUACAAUCAUUUGGGUUCUUUACAGCUCAAAUGCGCUACCGAAGCAGAGUUUUUCACGAUGUUUUAUGCAGCUUAUGAAGAACCUGGAUGUACGGCGUUCUAUCGUAAUGUGUUUUUGUUAGGUUACGUAGACGGGCACUAUAUAGUGGGAGUAGUUGCCGACCAAAUAUUCUUCGUAAUGGCUACGAAAAGACUUUACAGUCGAAAUAGUCUUCCUUCUCCGGGGAUGCAACCCAUCAAGUUUUCCCCUCAGAUGAUUGAAAUGAUUGAUCUCCCACUAUGGUUACCGUACGAACAUGUACUUACGAUGUUGGAAAUCCGCCAGAUUCUUCGUCAUUCCAGAGAAUACGCGUGCGAUUUUCAGCGAGUCGUGGAUUCUUUCGGAAUUCUUGAUUUGGAACACCCAUCUUCAACUCUUUUUAAUGAUUCCAAGUUGCAAAGUCGGAAAAAGCACAAUGCUUGGUUGGAAGAUAUGUUGAACCUGUGUUACAAUCCCACUUUCCACAACUCGUUAAACGAGUUUCCGGUUCACCCGACGAGUUCGAAAAAUGCUCUUCUCUUUUCUGAAAAUGUGACAAAGUUGUGGAUCCAGCAAUUGUUGCGAAAAAUUCACGAAAUCAAAGACUCGUCUAUGGAUGGCUAUAUCAAUCACGCUGAUAUGUCAAAAAUGGAUUUCUUCACUUUGGACAUCAAAACCUUCAUAGCCAAUUUUCUCCCGUUGUUCGGAUUGUCGGUCAAAAGCAAAUUCCAGUGUCAACUUCUAGGCCCUGAUGGUGUCCCGUCAGCAGUCUGUUCAGAAAAUUUGUCAGCUGAUCAAAUUGGCGCCCACAUUUACGAUCAUCAUAUCUUGCCUCUUUUGUGGGAAAAAAACCCUAACAAGAAUUUCAUAUUUUCUCCCUUCUCGCUGAUCUACGAAUCACACAAUCUUCCCUUUAGUGACAAGUGUGACCUCGAAAGGCUCAGAUGGGCUCGCUCUCUUGUUGAUCGUUGGUCUGGAGUUUCGUACCUAGAGCUCCUUCAAACCCUUAAAGACGUUGGCGAAGAUCAGUUUGACAACGUAGUUCCGGCUAUUGGAAAGGCACGUCAGAAGAAGAGAGCCGUUGAAAGCCAGAGUUUAAAUCAGAAAAGGAGGCUUGCUUCCGAAGAAUGUACAUCUUCCAGCCCAAAGCGUGGACGACGGUCAGCAGAUACGAGUUUAAUCAAUUCUGAUUGACACGGUUUGAAGCUAUUUAAUUUUAUAUGAAAAGUGUGUGGCCCGGACGCUAACGUUUUAUUGAUCCUUGUACAUGCAAGUAAUUUUCUGAUGAUUCUAUUUGUCACGUUAACAUCAACCGAGAAAAUAAAUUAACCCCGUCAUCAAGUGA